AUCCCACUAUACUACACAAAGUACCGCCGUGUUGCUGGCGUGCCAGCAUCCUCUUGACCUAUUUGAGUCGGUCUUUUCUGCCUGCAAACAUCAACCAUGGCAACACAAACCCAACCGCUCAGGCCGGCCCCGGCCCCACUCCCCCUACGUCUGCGCUGGAUCACCAUCUACCAUCCAGGCUACACACCCCCACGUAUGCUCUUCCACUUCCCCACCUACGACUCCGCCCCCGCUCCUCACUUCUCAGGCUGCAGCCGCCGUCUCGUUCUCGACGCCUGUCGCAUCAUCGCAGGUAACCGCGACGGCGUGCUCUCCACAACCCCUGAUCACCGUGGGCCCGGCGUCCCGGAGAGCGAGACCACGCUCACCGCUGACGCAUACUACUACUUCCUCAUCGACGACGACGACCCACAAUAUGCUGUUGUCUGCGAGUUUGUAGCCUGGCGCUUCCCCGACGUCGUCCCUGCGCAUUGGCUUACAUUGGCUCUCUGUCCGCCGCCGGAGCAGAACAUAAUAACACCCGGAUUCAGAUCCAGCGGCACGUCUAUGUCCGCGGUGGUCAAACUCAGGGAUGGAGAAUGCCUCCUCAGUGGUUAUAAACAAGAGAGUUCGUGCGAUAGUGCACGGCUGGUGCCGAAGGAACAAGCAGAUUGGUACUACGACAACCGGAUGCGGCAAUAUAAUGCUGGACAUGUCGAGACACCCGACGAUGGUGCCAACGGUGUCUGCCUUCGCACGGACAUCCAUCGCUGCCUCGACCGCCAGGGCUUUGUCUUCUUCCCAGUCGGAUCUCAGUUCGUGGCCUAUUUCAUCAAGCCUGAGCCAGACUAUGCGUCGCAGUACCAUCGAGUCCCAGCGCGGAUCCACGAAGAUCUGUCGGGCCUUUCACGCUUCGCCAAGAAAAGUGUGAUCGUGGUCCCUAGCGUCGACUUUCAAGUGUUGCCGGCGGCCUAUCAGCCUAGCAAACCAUCUGGAACUGGAAAAGCCAAGCGAGUGUCCGCGACUUCAAGCGAGCGGUCCACACCAGAGGAGCCAGCAGAUGAUCAUCCAGUGGACCGCGAGGCGAUCCCUGGCAGCCACCAAUCCGAGACGUUUUUCACGAGGUUCCCACAGAUCCCACUGAAGAAGGCUUGGAUUCUCAAGAAUCCUCAAGUAAGGCAGACCUCCGACGGACACGAGGGGGAUUCCGUCUCUGCUUGGGAAAUCAAUCUCGAUCCCGAAGAGCAGCAGGUCGCGAACACUUCGGCGAACGACUGAAGCAGGAUGUAGGUUUGUGUACAACGGACAAAAUAUAGUCGUAUACCGUAAUAAACAGUAAAUUGUAGCGUUAGUAUAAUCGCGACCGUAGCGUUUAGUAGAUAUCGCCAUCGCAUUACUCGUACUGUACCUGCGUGU